GAAAGUUCAAUUCUUUUUGGCAUUUAUUCCCAAACCAAAAAAUCACUUCAGGUUUUUCUCUGUCAUAGAGUGAUUGAAUAUGCUGUUCAUUGAUUUUUUUCAACACCGAAACAAGUUGUUGCAGGCUAUAACCUCAUUAGUUGAUGUUGCAUAUAUUUUUACUUACAAAAGUUAAUUUUAAUCCCUGGUUARUUAAACACUUGUACUAUGUCUUGUUUGUGARGGGAGAAYUGAAUAGCAGUAAGCCACAACUUCAGUUUAUCAUUCCUUCAGCAGCUUAUGGCGGAGCUAUAAUCAGCUUAGGAUGCAAGUUCAAGGGACUGAUUCGCUUGUUGGAAAAUGUGACAAAUACAGUAGUCCUCUUGAUUGUGCUGUUAAAACAAUUAAGAGUGAGGGGCUUAAGGGUAUAUUUCGUGGAGGUACUGCAACUUUAUUGAGAGGAUCUGUUGGAAAUGCGAUCUUCUUCAGCACUUAUGAGUAUACACGUUACUACAUGUACAUGCAAGUGAAUUCUGCUUCAUCUGUCUAUAGCUAUCUGCCAAAUAUAUUGAUUGAUGCAGGGAUUGGUACAAUCACUGGUGGGCUUGGUGGUGUUGCAUACUGGUCCGUGGUUCUACCCUUUGAUGUGGCAAAGACUGUUAUUCAUACUGCACCCGAUUCAACUUCUAGUAGAAAUCCAUUUCGCAUACUGAGCUCGAUAUACAGGAUGAAGGGAAUUAAAGGAUGCUACACUGGCAUUGGUCCCACAUUAGCAAGAGCAUUUCCUGCAAAUGCUGCUGCAAUUGUUGCAUUGGAGCUCACUGCCAAACUUUUAGGGAUUAGGCUCGAUUGAAGGCUUAUUUGAUGAUAGUGACUUCCAUUAUGCUCCUGUCCUCAUCCUAAUAGCAAACGUGCACUUCUCCAAUGGAAAAUCAUUCAAGUGGCUUGGCAAUUUUGUUUUCAUGAGUUUUGUUCUUGUUUGAUGCAAUAUUUAGGUACUGUGUUGAACUACCAUGAAUUUGUUCAUGUUUUAUUAGAUAUAAUUCAUAAAUCAUAAUUGUUAGUGAGGAUGAUUUGAUUUUAAAGAUGUCAUAAGAGGGAAGUUCUUAUGACAGAACCGGUUUAAUU